UAGAACUUCAGUCGCGAUCAUUCUUCCUCCGAUCCACAUCUCUCUAUCUCUGCACAGAACCUCAACCAACAUCAAUAACCAACGAAAGCCUACAACAUGGCCGUUAUCGUACGCAUAUCGAUGGCAAUUUUGGAUAGAAUCAUCCGCCACAACCAUUUUUCGGUUAGAAAAUGGUUCUCGCUGAUUGCCUUAGCCUCCGCAGGGACCGCAGCAUCCGCUCAUGCCCAGCGGUACCCUGGCCACCACCCGGGGAACGUUGAAAAUGGCGGGAACAGCUACAACGGCAAUCCCAAGUACGGAAACUACGCAGCGUAUGGCGAAUUUGACCCCGAACGCGCGAUGAAGGUGCGGAGAAUCCACGGGAUCUUGGCGGCCGUCGCCAUGAUCGUUCUCUUCCCGAGCGGAUCCAUCCUUAUGCGCGUCAUUCCCGGCCCGCUUGCUAUCUGGGUGCAUGGGAUGACGCAGCUUGUGGCGUUCGUCCUGUUCACUGCGGCAGCUGCGAUGGGAUUGGGGCUCGUGCAAGAGGUCGACAGAGUUGGCAUCAGUCUGUGGGUUCGAGAGAACACAAACUACCACCUAUAUAUCGGCCUGGUCGUUUUCAUCUGUCUGAUGAUCCAACCCGCUCUUGGUGUCAUCCAUCACGAGAGAUUCAAGCAGCUGCGGCGUCGGCAGGUAUGGUCGUAUUUGCACCUCUUCAACGGCCGGAUCUUCAUCACCCUGGGCAUCAUCAACGGCGCCCUAGGGCUAUGGAUUGCUCGCGAAUCGAUCAUAUGGAAGGUCGUCUACCUCUUAGUGGCCGCCGCGAUUUGGUCUCUGUGGUUGGCUGUUGCGAUGUGGGGCGAGUGGCGUCGCUGGAGGGAGCGGCGUUUUCCCGCAGGAUUCCGUCCGGAUCGUAGGAGGGCAACGGGAACUACCUGGUAAGUAUUUGGACGUAGCAUUUUUGAUUUUUGCCAAGUUGGAGGCCUUGAUGUGUCUGGUCAAAACGGCAGACCUAGUGUUCUUUCUUUUCGCGUGGUAGUCCCGAGUUGGGAAUGUCAUACAGACUGGGUGCUACGGUAGCUUGAGUGUACCAUACUACUCGCUGGGCCUCCUAUGCGGGGACUGGGCUUGGCCGUUUUAGGAGGCCCAGUGAGUAGUGCUUAUUAGGUUCGUGGGAUCGUGAUCGAUUUGUUGCCCGCAGACUCUGCACUGCAGUAA